AUGAAGCCUGCGGUCGUCUUAGUCAUUGCCAUGUGCUCGGUCGUCCAAGCCCUCGCAGCUCGCUCAUGGACCGUCGCCCUUAACUCUCAACUCGAUCAGGCUCAUGCCGUCAACGAUACCAGAUGGAGACUUCCCAGUCUCAGACACAAUGUGCCGCUGACGGACUGGUUCAACCGCUCGGACAACCAGUGGUACAGCACCAUCUCCAUCGGAACACCUCCACAGAACCUAACGGUCCUCUUUGAUACGGGAUACGGCGAUCUCAUUAUCCCCCAGAGCAACUGUACGACCUGCGGAGAGCACACUCUGUUCAACCCCAACAACUCCUCCAGCUUCUCUGCCAUCCCCAAUGGCUCAAUCAUGGUCCUCUUCGGCACAGGCGCCGACUCGGUACCGCUCUCGGAGGAAGAGACCGCCAGCGGCAACAUCGUCUACGACCGCGUUGCCAUCGGCCCGCUGAAGUACGACGACCAGGCCUUCAUCCUGUGCGACAAGUACACCUCGGCCCUCAGCAGCAUGCCCAUCGACGGCAUCAUGGGUCUCUCGCCCAUGAACGUGACCGACCUCGACGAGCCCUCCUUCUUCUGGAAUCUGUGGAAGAGCGGACAGCUCCAGUCCCCCGUAUUCUCGCUGUACAUGCCCGCCGACAACGCAUCAGGCGCCGAGAUCACCCUCGGCGACUCCGACCCGGACAAGUACGACGGCGCCAUCACGUGGGUCGACCUGGACCCCGUCGCAUUCCGCAAGUGGAACACCUGGGUUUUCGGGCAAUCGGCCGUGUACGCGAACGGCAAGCUGCUCUCCAAAUGGACGGGGCCCACCACGUCGUCGCCCGACGGCCACUCCGCCAUCCUCGACACGGGCACGGCAUUCAUCCAGACGCCGGACUUCGCCACGGCCAGCGCCAUCUACGCCGCCCUGUCGCCGCAGAUCAGGAUGAUCGACCCGGCCGGCGCGUAG